UGAGCUUUUCAUUCUUUGCAGCAAGAACUGAGCUAUUGGAUAAGUGGCAGCACAAAACAUAUAUCUGCACUAUCAUCACAGACUCAUUAAGCAGCCAUUCCAAUGGGUGGAAUAUGUUAUAUAAAUUGGCAGCAAGUUACCAAUGGAUGAAGGAAUUGAUCUGGGAACCUGCAGAGCAUUAAAGUGAUGCACUUCAUGAGUGGUGGCAUCCUAUACACAGGACAUUACAUCUGAAAUUUUCCAGUAAUUCUGUUUUCAACUUUCAAGGUGGCUCUGGCUAGAAGGGGUAGAUUGUUCAAUACUCCUGUGCCUAUAAACUAACCAAAAAUGAAGGAGGACAGUUGUUUACAUGCUGCUCUUAUAUGCCUGGGCAUGCUGUGCUAUAGUCAUGCUACAUCUACGGAGAAGCUUAACCAUUCAAGGCCGUCACUCCAUGGUCACCAUGAAAAAGGAAAAGAAGGACAAGUUCUGCAUCGUUCAAAAAGAGGCUGGGUGUGGAAUCAGUUCUUUGUAAUAGAAGAAUAUACAGGACCAGAUCCUGUACUAGUGGGCAGGCUUCAUUCGGAUAUUGAUUCUGGGGAUGGAAACAUUAAAUACAUUCUCUCAGGUGAAGGCGCAGGAAUAAUUUUUGUUAUUGAUGACAAAUCAGGGAACAUCCAUGCAACAAAGACACUGGACCGGGAAGAGAGAGCUCAAUACACUCUAACAGCACAAGCUGUAGACAGGAACACUAAUAGACCUUUGGAACCACCUUCAGAAUUCAUUGUUAAAGUUCAAGAUAUAAAUGACAACCCACCCGAGUUUCUUCAUGAAAACUACCAUGCCAACGUGCCAGAGAGGUCCAAUGUAGGUACAUCAGUUAUUCAGGUAACAGCCUCAGAUGCUGAUGAUCCUACCUAUGGGAACAGUGCCAAAUUGGUUUAUAGUAUUCUUGAAGGUCAGCCGUACUUCUCCGUGGAAGCUCAAACAGGCAUUAUUAGAACUGCCCUUCCCAACAUGGACCGUGAAGCCAAGGAAGAAUAUCACGUUGUAAUACAGGCAAAGGAUAUGGGAGGACACAUGGGAGGACUCUCAGGGACAACCAAAGUGACAAUUACACUAACUGAUGUCAAUGACAACCCACCAAAGUUCCCACAGAGUGUGUACCAGAUGUCAGUAUCAGAAGCAGCCGUUCCAGGUGAAGAAGUAGGAAGAGUGAAGGCCAAAGAUCCAGAUAUUGGAGAAAACGGCUUAGUGAGCUACAGUAUCAUUGAUGGAGAUGGUAUGGAUAUGUUCGAAAUUACAACGGAUUAUGAGACUCAGGAAGGUGUUGUAAAGCUUAAGAAGGUCUUAGAUUUUGAAACCCAGAAGUUCUACAGUCUGAAGGUAGAAGCAGCCAAUGUACAUAUUGAUCCUAAGUUCAUCAGCAAUGGACCUUUCAAGGAUACAGUUACUGUAAAGAUUACAGUGGAGGAUGCUGAUGAGCCCCCUAUCUUUUUAGCACCUAGUUACAUCCUUGAAGUACAGGAGAAUUCAAACCUUGGUACUGUGGUUGGAAGAGUACAUGCCAAAGACCCAGAUGUUGCAAAUAGUGCUAUAAGGUAUUCAAUCGAUCGUCACACUGACCUUGAAAGAUAUUUUAGUAUCAAUCCAGAAGAUGGUUACAUUAAGACCAUAAAACCUCUGGAUAGGGAAGAAAUUGCCUGGCAUAACAUCUCUGUCUUCGCAACUGAAGCUCACAAUCGACACCAGGAAGCUAAAGUUCCUGUAGCAAUUAAGGUCCUUGAUGUCAAUGACAAUGCUCCAAAAUUUGCAGCAGUCUAUGAAGCAUUUAUUUGUGAAAAUUCUCAGAGCAAUCAGCCAUUUAUUACAAUUACUGCUGAUGACAAGGAUGAUGCUGCCAAUGGACCACGCUUUAUCUUCAGUUUACCACCUGAAAUUAUUCAUAAUCCAAAUUUCACACUCAGAGACAACAGAGAUAACACAGCAGAUGUUCUCGUUAGACGUGGAGGCUUUAGUCGACAAAAGCAGGACUUAUACCUUCUUCCUAUUGUUAUAAGUGAUGGUGGAAUCCCUCCCAUGAGCAGCACCAACACCCUGACUAUUAAAGUCUGUGGCUGUGACAGUCAGGGCUCCAUGCUCUCAUGUAAUGCUGAAGCCUAUAUCCUCAAUGCUGGACUUAGCACAGGAGCUUUAAUUGCCAUUCUUGCUUGCAUCGUGAUUUUGUUAGUCAUUGUAGUAUUGUUUGUAACACUGAAAAGGCAGAAGAAGGAGCCCCUUAUUGUCUUUGAAGAAGAAGAUGUCCGAGAGAACAUUAUUACCUAUGAUGAUGAAGGGGGUGGAGAAGAGGACACUGAAGCCUUUGACAUUGCUACUUUGCAGAACCCUGAUGGCAUCAAUGGAUUUAUUCCUCGUAAAGAUAUAAAACCUGAGUAUCAGUAUAUGCCAAGGCCAGGGCUUCGGCCAGCGCCAAAUAGUGUUGAUGUUGAUGAUUUUAUCAACACAAGAAUACAAGAGGCUGAUAAUGAUCCAACUGCUCCUCCUUAUGACUCUAUUCAGAUCUAUGGCUAUGAAGGAAGAGGCUCAGUGGCUGGUUCACUUAGCUCCUUAGAGUCAGCGACAACAGAUUCUGAUUUGGACUAUGACUAUCUACAAAACUGGGGACCUCGAUUUAAGAAACUAGCAGACUUAUAUGGCUCCAAAGACACUUUUGAUGAUGAUUCUUAACAAUAAAGUUACAAAUUUGGCCUUAAGAACUGUGUCUGAUGUUCUGAAGAAUCCAGAAGAAAUGUAAGCAGGUAUUUUUUUAAAAACCAAGAAAAGUCUCAUUUAAACAUUUAAGUUUGACAGAGAGGAUUCCUUUGAUUAAAAAGGACAUCAAAGUGGUAAAUACUGUGAAGUACCUUUUCUUACAAAAGGCAAAUACAGAAGUUGGUUAUCAACUUCACUAGAGAAAUAAACCACUUAUGAAGUACAAAAUAUUUAAAUGAAGGAAAAUUCUAGACGUGAACCUACAAAUAAGGGAUAUCUUUUAUGUAUUAUGAACAUCUAAAUCUUUUAUGUCAAAGAAGCUUCCACAGAUUAGAGAGGACAACAGUUCUGAGCUGUAAUUUCGCCUUAAACUAUGGACACUCUAUAUGGUAGUGCAUUUUUAAACUUGAAAUAUAUAAUAUUCAGCCAGCUUAAACCCAUAUGAUGUAUGUACAGUACAAUGUACAAUUAUAAUGUCUCUUGAGCAUCAAACUUGUUACUGCUGAUUCUUGUAAAUCUUUUUGCUUAUACUUUCAUCUUGAACUAAUACGUGCCAGAUAUAAAAACUCUGUCUUGUUGCAGUGGGAGGCGCCCUAUUUCUAUGUCAUUUUUAAUGUAUCUAUUUGUACAAUUUUAAAGUUCUUAUUUUAGUAUACAUACAAAUAUCAGUAUUCUGACAUGUAAGAAAUGUUACAGCAUCACACUUAUAUUUUAUGAACAUUGUACUGUUGCUUUAAUAUGUGCUUCAAUAUAAGAAGCAGACUUUGAAAUAAAAUGAUUCUUUUUUAAUUCUUGUUUUGGUUAUUAAGCAUUUAAGAAGAAAAAAAACCAUAGUGUUUCUAAUAUCUCAUUUCUAGUCCUGACUAAUUUACUACAAUUAUGACUUUUAAUAGCCCUAUUUAUUACGUGUUUGUAGUUGUUUGGUUGCCUUGUUAAGUGAUUAUUUAAAAUCAAAUACAUUUUACAAAUGUUUUUAGAUAAAAAUCUGUAAUGUCUGGUGAACAUUUUGUACCGUCUCUAGCUACAGCUUGUGGCUGCUUCCAGAGUACAGCAAUAUCUUUCAGAAGAAUUGCACUCUGGAUUUAAUUUAAUUUCUUUUAAACUUUCCCAUGUAAUGUGUAUUUACCUUAUAGCGUAGAACUUUUAGGGAUAUCGGAACAACUUUAAAAAUGGAUGGCAAUACACUGCACUUACAAUUUACUCCACACUUGUUAAUCUCCAGGCUAAGCUUCUAUGGGUUUAAAAGACUUACACCUGACCCAGUUUAACGAUAAGAUCCCUAUAGACUGCUCCACCUGACAGUUACAUUAUCUGAGUAUUAAUUAUGGCUCUGGCACUUAGAAACAUUUUUUUUUUUAGUUUACUGCAGUUAAAUUGCAUUGUCUACAGAAAACAAAACAUUAAAAUUUUUAAUAAGAGAAAUAUAGAGUUCUUUCAGAGUAAGUUGUUCUGUGUAAUGUAUACUUUUAAUCUAAAAAUGUUCUAUAACUUUUAAUACUAGUUCAGAAUGAGCAAGGGAUCUGAAUUUCUUCUGUGCAUCAACAUUUUCAGCAUCUGUGUACAGUUGUAAUCCUGCUAAAUUCAAUAUAGCUUGCUGUUAAGGAUCAGAGAUCAACAGCUGCAAUAUGGGAAGAGGCAAUAAACAGAACUGAUAUGCAUUUUUUUCCAUCUUUUACAUUAUAAAUCCCAUCCUAUAUUUGCAGUCAGGUAUCCAAAUGCUUCACCCAAGAGGAAAUCUUAUAUUUGAUGUAUUCUUUAUGUAUAGAUCAUGUAUUUAGUUAGUCUUAAAUUUAAUUAAAGAUUAAGAAAACAUGUUUUAACUAUAUAUCCAUAUUCACCUUCCCCAUUAUAUCCCUAUGUUGUAUAGAUCAAGAGUUUGCUGAAGAGCAAAUUUGCUAUACAAUGUUUUGUCAUAAUAUUCCACUUUAUAUACUUUCUAUAUAAGUCUGUAGUUUAUUCAACUUAACUUAGUUCUGAUUUCUUUGGUUGUUGAUUUUUCAGUGUUUAUAAUCCAAAGAAUAUUUUGCUAGUUUUGCACAUUUCUCCAACAUAAAUUUAAAUAAAGGGGGGGGAAAUGACAAAUUAACAGAGAAAAAAAGUAAAACUACUGGUAAGUUUCCAUCAUCAUCAUUGAUGCUGUAUGCUUUUAUUUUGCUAUUUGAGAAGUUUUAGACUUAUUAACUGCAUUUUUAUUUUACAUUUUUAUGUUUGUUUUUUUUUAUAAGGACAUUGUCAAGUACAUGUUUCAAUAGUUUUAAAUGCUUGAUUUUUUAGUCUCUAUUGUUUGUAGCACUCUCUUAGAAGCUUGAAAAUAAAUUUCUUUCCCUGCU